CUCCCUCUCCCUGCAAGAUCGUGAUGUUAUCUGCUGGCAAAGUUUCCCUCUUCGCAAGGAAAGCAACGGGGCUCAGCGAGGGAGGGAGGCAGGCAGGAGGAGAGAGAGAGAGACUAACGGGGCUGCAGAUAAAGUACAGCAGGAGCUGCGCGUUUCGGGCCGGGGGGAAGCCCUGCGGAUCGGGCCGUGCGUGGCAAGCACUGAACCCAAAGAGGGGAGAGGUGCCCCCGAAGGAGAAAGCGGCAAAGCACCUUUUCAACGCCCGGGCUCGCGACCCACAGGAGGCUGCAGCAGCAGCAGCAACAGCGCCGGCUUGUUGACUGUGGCUUGGGUUGGCUUUUUUUUUUUCCUUUUGGAGGAAGAGGAGGGCGCCGGGGAAGCUGCACCGCAAGAGAGGGAGGCUGCUCGGUGCAUGCAGCCCGGGGUGCCGGCGGCAGGCUCAGCACCGGAGCGAAGAGCAGAGCAGAGCUCGCCCAGCCCCGCGGCGUCCCGGGCUCUCCCCUCGCGCACACAGGCGCACGUGGGCGCCCUCUGGCCGGCGGGGCGGCUCGCUCUGCUCGCGGUUGCAGCUCCGCAGCGCGGGGCCAGCAGCUCAGCGCGCGCCGCCAGCCCGCCCGCGCGCCCCUGACAUCGCCCCUCUCCCGUCCCGUCCCGUCCCGUGCGUGGCGCUGGAGGAGCCCAGAGCAGAAGCCCGGAGCUGAGCGCCCGGCUGCCACCCGCUCGCCCUCCGGCUUCAGGCGCGCUGCUCACUGGCCAGCCCCGCCACACCGGCUCGCUAGGGAAACUGGUUGAAAUACCCCCUGAGUUUGUUCCGUUUGGAGGCUGAUGCAGAGGUAGCGACCUGCUUUCUUUGCAACUCGCCUGUAUAACCCGGGGGCGUUUUUUCAUUUGCACCCCCGUUGCCUUUUCCUGGCAACCCGGUUGCAUUUCCAGCCGCAGCUGCUUCCCCUCCUUUGCACCCCCCCAUCCCCUUCUUUUUCAAGUCACUUUUUUGGGGACGCUGGGUUUAAACCCGAAAAUGCACUGCUAUCUCCUGAGCGUGGUGCUCACCCUGGAUCUGGCCACGGUGGCGCUCAGCCUGUCUACCUGCAGCACUCUAGACAUGGAUCAGUUUAUGCGCAAGAGGAUCGAGGCGAUCCGAGGACAGAUCCUGAGCAAGCUGAAGCUCACCAGCCCUCCCGAAGAGUACCCCGAGCCCGAGGAGGUACCCCCGGAGGUCAUCUCCAUCUACAACAGCACCAGGGACCUGCUGCAGGAGAAAGCCAACCACAGAGCCGCCACUUGCGAAAGGGAGAGGAGCGAUGAGGAGUAUUAUGCCAAAGAGGUUUACAAAAUAGACAUGCUGCCUUUUUACCCCGAAAAUGCCAUCCCACCAAACUAUUACAGCCUUUACUACAGAAUCGUAAGAUUUGACGUCUCAGCGAUGGAGAAAAAUGCUUCCAACUUGGUGAAGGCAGAGUUUAGAGUUUUUCGUUUGCAGAAUUCAAAGGCACGGGUAUCUGAACAACGAAUAGAACUGUAUCAGGUUGUUAAAUCCAAAGAACUACCUUCGCCAGGACAGCGCUACAUUGAUAGCAAGGUAGUUAAAACACGAGCUGAAGGGGAAUGGCUGUCUUUUGAUGUCACUGAAGCUGUACGCGAAUGGCUCCAUCACAAAGAGAGGAACUUUGGAUUUAAGAUAAGUUUACAUUGUCCAUGCUGCACCUUCGUGCCUUCAAAUAAUUAUAUCAUCCCAAAUAAAAGUGAAGAGCUAGAAGCAAGAUUUGCAGGUAUUGAUGACUCCUACAUAUAUUCCAGUGGUGAUGGGAAAACUUUCAGGUCCAGUAGGAAAAAAUACAGUGGGAAGACCCCACAUCUUCUGCUAAUGUUAUUACCCUCCUACAGACUUGAGUCGCAACAGCCCAGUCGGCGGAAGAAGCGUGCUUUAGAUGCUGCCUAUUGUUUUAGAAAUGUGCAGGAUAAUUGCUGCCUGCGUCAACUUUAUAUUGACUUCAAGAGGGAUCUUGGCUGGAAAUGGAUUCAUGAACCUAAAGGGUAUAAUGCUAAUUUUUGUGCAGGAGCCUGCCCAUAUUUAUGGAGCUCAGAUACUCAGCACAGCAGAGUACUCAGUUUGUAUAACACCAUAAAUCCAGAAGCGUCUGCCUCUCCAUGCUGCGUGUCCCAGGAUUUAGAACCCCUCACCAUCCUGUACUACAUUGGCAAAACGCCCAAAAUUGAACAACUUUCCAACAUGGUCGUAAAAUCUUGCAAAUGCAGCUAAAAGAAGUCCCUGAAACAGCAAUAAACAAAUGCGUAAAAAUAACCAAGGAAGAAAGAAAAAGAGAUUAAGAAAGAAAAAAAAAAACUAAGUUCAUCAGUGUUAAAAAAAUAAAAAAUUUAAAAAUUAAAAAAAAAAAGCCUAAAAAGAAGAAGAAAAGCGGUACUAGUCCGAACUGUUUGAAAGUUUGUUUGUUUUGUUUUUUUAAAACUGGCAUCUGAAACAAAACAUUGAAGGCCUUUAUCCUACAUUUCACCUACUCAGUUAGUGAGAUAGACAAGAAGCAAACAAAAACCAAAACCAACAACAACGACAACAAAAACAAAAAGAACCACACCUUUUAAAAAAUAAACACUGGAAGAAUGUGUUAGUGUUACUAUGUGAAAGGAAAAAAACAGGAAAAUCCCAUUAAGUGGAGUUGCUGUAUCUGUCCCAUGCCUUACUUGAUCUCUCUGUAUUGUUAUGCGAUAGACAUCCUACCCAUUCUUUUUAGUUUUAGUGUUAACAGUGCAUUAUUUAUUUGUAUGUAAAAACUAUCACAUGAACAUUUCUUCGCCAUUGGAAAAAAAGAAACAAAUGUGGACAAAGUGGAGACCAAAUAAACUGCCAGAAAUAUGUUUAAUGCAUAGGGGAACUCAAGUGCAAAAGAUCCUGAAAAUAAUGGUUAGUUUAGUUCAAUUAAAACAGAAGUCAGUUAUUACAUUAUUGAAAAAAUCUGCCUUAAAAAUGCCUUAUUUUAUAUGCCAGCGGCCUAGGGAGGCUUCUUGUAAGGUCUCAAACCCUUGUUUUAAAUACUGAAAAACUUACUAAUAAAGGACGCUCUGUUUCAGUCUCAAAGACAAGUCUAUAAGAUUUUUUUUUACUGUAAAUGAUUAAAAUGUCAGUUUAGUAAACCAGUGAAAUAUUUAACAUGUACUGGUCUAAUCUUCAGACCUUAAUAUGUUGCUGUAUAGCUAUGCUAUGGGAUGUUUUGUUCUUUUGGUAUAUGUAACCAUACCUAUAGUAUUACAAUAGGUGGGUAGUAAAAGCCAGCUUAAUUGGAAACAUAUCUGUAGAUCUCUAUUGUAAACUAUUAAAAAAAUUAAGUACUUUAUGUGUAAUGUGUAAAUUUUCACCAUAUUUUUGUAUUCUGUAAUACUGUCAACUCUCAUGAGUUUGAAUUUGAAUUUGGGGCUCUUUUUGAUCACUCAGUCAUGUGUUUCCCUCUAGCUGGCCAGUAUGAGUAGAGUCCCUAUAUUUUGACUUGCACUACAAAUACAUGUUUUAUAAUAAUUUGCUAUACCUGUGCUUUGUAUAUUGUUCAUCAUUAUGCCAUAAGCUACCUGACUCCAUUUGUUUUUUGUUUUACAAAAAGGAUGGAUUAAAAUAUUCUCCUCUUCCCUUCUCCCACAUCCUAGUUCAUCCACAUUUGUAGCAGUGAAUCGCAAUGCGACUCUUGAGUUUUAAACCCAGUUUUGUUUUAUUUUCUCGGCUAAAGACAGUCAAACAGAUGGAUAAAGGAGCAAGAUUUUCAAGAGAGGAUUUCGCAGCCUAAGUGAUACGAGGCUAGGGCCCAGCCCUAUAAACCCUUAGUUUAUAGUGAAAUUCUCUACUGAGCAGAGGGCCAGGACUGAAGCCCUAACAACAAGGCUUGAGUGGGACUUAAUUAGUUCAGAGGCCUUGUGUUGGCCUUUGGCACAGCAGUGACUUUUCACCUGCAGUUAGUCUAUGGGAGUGAUCCUUCCACAGAGGUCAGCAGAAGUUUUGCCAUUGACUGCUGUGGCAUCAGAUGAGGCCUAGUGAGUGUUGGCAUGUGGAAGGAUUUGGAGGAUUGGGCUCUGUGUCUUCAUUUAAUCUUUUUUUUUUCUUUCAGACAACACCUUUUCUUUUUCCUCUUUCUAAAAAUAAGGAACAUAAGUCUCCUAGGAAACUCGUUUGGGCCCUAACAAUCUUCAGCGUAUUCUAGAGGGAGUAAGAAAAGAUCUACAUCAUACACGCUGUUUAAAAAUAAAUGAAUAGCAACAGAUCUCUAAGCUAGACAAAGAUGUGUAAAAACCAUGACAAGGAACAGUUCAAUUGAUUUCACAUUAUAAAUUGUUCUGAAUGGCAAAGCUUGAAGACUGUGCAAGGAAA